GUCUCGCGAGAUCUGGGUUGAGCCUGCCGCUGCCUUGGCUACCAGGCUCCUCAGGUGGCAGCGCUUGCAGUCGGGCUACGGAGGCCGGGUUGCGAGAUUACUGGAAAGCCAUUUAAGAAAUUCCUGGAAUAAUAUUAGUCAGAGUAAUAUAGGAUCUGCAGGAAGUGCCUCAAGAUAGUUGGAAAAGAAGAAUUUCUGGACUCUUCAUCAAGAUCUUCAUUUAUACAGCUGUUAAAUCCAAGGCUACUUUGGUGAAAGCAUGAAUAAAAAUACAUCUACUGUAGUAUCAUCCAGUCUACUUGAAAAGGAUCCUGCCUUUCAGAUGAUUACAGUUACCAAGGAAACAGGCCUUGGCCUGAAGGUACUAGGAGGAAUUAACCGGAAUGAAGGCCCAUUGGUAUAUAUUCAGGAAAUUAUUCCUGGAGGAGACUGUUAUAAGGAUGGUCGUUUGAAGCCAGGAGAUCAACUUGUCUCAGUCAACAAGGAAUCUAUGAUUGGUGUAUCAUUUGAAGAAGCAAAAAGCAUAAUUACCAGAGCCAAGUUGAGGUUAGGAUCUGCUUGGGAGAUAGCAUUCAUAAGACAAAAAUCCAACAACAUUCAGCCAGAAAAUCUGUCAUGUACAUCACUUAUAGAAGCUUCAGGAGAAUAUGGACCUCAAGCCUCAACAUUAAGUCUUUUUUCUUCUCCUCCUGAAAUACUAAUCCCAAAGACCUCAUCCACUCCCAAAACAAAUAAUGCCAUUUUACCUUCUUGUGAGAUAAAAACUGGAUACAACAAAACAGUACAGAUUCCAAUUACUUCAGAAAACAGUACUGUGGGUUUGUCUAAUACAGAUGUUGCUUCUGCCUGGACUGAAAAUUAUGGACUACAAGAAAAGAUCUCCCUAAAUCCCUCUGUUCGCUUUAAGGCAGAGAAACUGGAAAUGGCUCUAAAUUAUCUUGGUAUUCAGCCCACAAAGGAACAACACCAAGCCCUGAGACAGCAAGUACAAGCAGACUCAAAAGGGACAGUGUCUUUUGGAGAUUUUGUCCAGGUUGCCAGAAACUUGUUUUGCUUGCAGUUGGAUGAAGUAAAUGUUGGUGCACAUGAAAUUUCCAAUAUAUUAGAUUCACAGCUUCUUCCUUGUGAUUCUUCAGAAGCAGAUGAAAUGGAAAGACUCAAGCGUGAAAGAGAUGAUGCCUUGAAAGAAGUAAAUACACUUAAGGAAAAAUUAUUGGAAUCAGAUAAGCAAAGGAAACAAUUGACAGAAGAGCUUCAGAAUGUGAAACAAAUGGAGUCUUGCUCCAUCCAGGCUGUAGUGCAGAGGGGCACGAUCUCAGCUCACUGCAACCUCCACCUCCCGGGUUCAAGCGAAUCUCCUGCCUCAGCCUCCCAUGUAGCUGGGAUUACAGGUGCGCACCACGACGCCCAGCUAAUUUUUGUACUUUUAGUAGAGAUGAGGUUUUGCCAUGUUGGCCAGGCUGGUUUUGAACUCCUGACCUCAGGUGAUCUGCCUGCCUCGGCCUCCCAAAGUGCUGGAUUACGGGUGUGAGCCAUUGCACCGGGCCUGAAAUGGUAUUCUUAGAGAGGUGUCACUCCUUUCUGUAUCUUUUAUGAACAAGGAAAAUUAAAAAUACACCUGCUUAUUUUUGUAAAAGAAAUCAAAGGAGGGAUAAACUACACAGCAAUGAGAUUGAUUACCUAUAACAUGGGUAGACAUGCAUGUUAAGAUACAGGAAAGAGUGACACUUCUCUAAGAAUACCUUUUCAUGUAAUAUUUACUUUUGUGUACAUGUUAAUAUUCUACUCAUUUGAAAAAUAUAUUAAAAAUUAAGAUGGAAAGGGGAAAAUAAACCUAAAACUGCAAGUGUACUGAAGAAAAUGAAUCUAAUUGUAUUUCAAAUGAAUACCAUAAUUAUGGUAAGGAAAAAAAACAAAGAUAGAACCAAUUCAAGCAACCAGUGAAUGCAGUAUUUGUGUUCAGUGUUUUGUCAGGAUGGAAUUGAGUUGGGAAGGAAUUUCAUACAAGUCCUAAACCUUUUUUUUUUUUUUUGGUAUGUUUUUUGUUUUGUUUUAUUGUUUUAGUGGUGGGGCAAAGCAGUUCUGAAACAAUUUUAGAUGCUUUAUAGGUCUGAGCAAAUGUGUUCAUUGUUGAGAAGCAGAAUCUCAAUGAAAAAGAAAAGACAAAAUAGAAUGAAUGAAGUCAAGAAAGGACCCUGAGUUGGGUGUGAUGGUAUGCAUCUAUAGUUCCAGCCACUUGGGAGGCUGAAGUGGGAGGAUGGCUUGAGGCCACAGUGUGCUAUUACGGUGCCUGUGACUAGCCACUGUAUUCCAGCCUGGGCAACUUAGUGACACCUUGUCUCUUAAAAGGAAAAAGAAAGAAGGAGAGAACCCUGUGGGAUGGGCUUGAAUUGGAUGUAUCAUUGUGAAUACAUCAUUUCUUAUAUAUGUAUGUGCAUAUGAACAUGUAUGUACACAGGUGUAUAUAUAUAUGCAUGUGUAUAUGUACAGAUGUUCCUCAACACAAUGGGGCUAUGUCCUGAUACACCCAAUCCAAGUUGAAAAUAUCAAGUAGAAAAUGUGUUUAAUACCCCAGUAAGCCUAUUAUAAAGUCAAAGAAACAUUAAGUCAAACCAUCAUAAGUCAGGGACCAUCUGUAUAUGUAUAUUUUCCCUAGUUCUGUGAACUUAAAGGGCUAAGAAACAGACACCCUAAUAACAGUGAGCACAUUACUAUAUCUAAGUGUCCAGAUACCACUCCCCACUAGAAGAAAGCCAGGCUACUCAGAGAAAUGACUAAUUACAGAAACAAGGAAGAGUAAGUAAAAUAUAAGCCUGGAAUAUCUUAAUAUGCCAGAAAAUAAGGACGUGCUCAAAAUGACAGGGGCAUAUCACAGGGAACUAGCUUGAAGGGGCUUCCACUGGCCAAAUAUGGAAGAACUUGAGUACCAAAAUAAUUUAGUACAGUAAUGUAUUGCAGACUAUAGAAGAAAUUGUAAUUCACGGUAUCAUUCGUAAAUUGAUUAACUAAUUAAUAGGGAGAAAGGAGUACUUUUGCCCAUAGUAGGAUGUUGCAUACUGACUGGUAAUUGCAGAGAAGCUGCUAGAUUUGGAAAUCAGUAUUUUACAUCUAUUUUAAUAAAGACUUGAUCAGGCACAAAUCAUUCAAUGCUAAAUUUAGGGGAAAAUUUUGAUGAAGAGCAGAAUAUUUACAUGGUUUUAAAGUAUCUCUCUACAAACUGCUUAUUAAUUGCAAGGGGGUAAAAUAGCAAUUAUACAGUGGAGAAAUCAGAAAACACCUUGACUGGUGCUAAAUGUUGAUAUCACCAAUGAAGAACAUAUAUGGGCAUUGUGUGACUCCAAUGUGAUGCCCAAAAAAUGACUACAACAUCACCUGUGUAGUUUUCUGGGCAAGAAUGUGUAACCUGAAUCUAACCAUGAAGAGAUGUCAGGCAAGCUCAAAAUGAGAGAAAGUUUUGUUUAAAAAAAAAAAAUAGACGUGUAUGACGUGUGUGUGUGUGUGUGUGUGUGUGUGUGUAUGUGUGUAUGGGUUGUAUUCUUUAGAAAUGUCAAUGCUAUUUUCUUAAAAAAAAAGGCAAUAAAAGUUUACAGGUUAAAAGAUGCUAAAGAGACGUGAAAACUAAAUACAGGAUCUGACUCCAGACUGGAUCCUGUACCGGAAUGGGAAAAAUGCUAUAAAGGACAUUAUUGGGUCAGUUGACAAAAUUGGAAUACAGAUGGUAGAUUAAAGCAUUGAAUUGAUGUUAAAAUUCCUAAAUUUGUUAACUGUACUGUGGUUAUAUAAAAGAAUAUCCUUAUUCUUAGGAAAUAUGUGGUUAUAUAAGAAAAUAUCCUUCUUCAUAGGAAAUAUUGGAGUUUUUAGGGAUAAAGGUCCAUGAUGUAUAUAACUUACCCUCAGAUGGUUAAAAAAGUGCAUGUAUAAUUAUAUAUAUGUGUGUGUUAUUUAUACACAUAUAUGUAAUUGCAUUAUGUAUAAAUAUUACAUAUAUGAAUACAUAUGUGAGCAAGAUUGAGAACAUGCAAAAUCUCAGCAACAACCACUUACUAUCAGUGGCUUACAAGAAUAUAUUGUUUCUCACUCAUGAACAUGUUGGCAAAAGCAUGAACCUGGGGAAUUAGGUAAAUCUGGGUAAAAGAUAUGAGGAUAUUCUUUAUACUAUUCUUGCAGCUCAACUGAAUAUUUGAAAUUAUUUCCAAAGUCAGGUUUUUUUAAAGUCCUCUAUUUUGGGGCCAAUUUUCAGACCUCAUUUUAUUCAAUAUUUUUGUACUUCAAUUGAUAUGACUUUUUAGUGCUUUUCAUUCUGCAUCUUUUAUACCUCCAUGAGUUUGUAUGGCCAGAUCUUUUUACAUUUUAGUGUUUGCAUCCUGAAAAUGGACAUUUACAAAUCUUUCUUGUUAGUUUUUAUAUAUAGGAUAAAUUAGGGGAUUUUUCUCCUAACUUUACAUUUUUCUUUUCUCCUAAAGGCUUGGAAUAUAUAAACUUUAGAAUAUCAACCAUGAUUGAUAAAAUAAUAAUUGUAUUAAAGGCUGAUGUAAGAUGUGAAUCUAAAGAAAAAUAGCGGUUUUUUUCUUUUUCUAGCAGUACCUACUUUUUCCACAUGAGGCCCUCCUGUAUUUAUUUCUGUGAAAGGAUUGGUUUGUGUUAUUAAGAAAGGUCAUGUCUGCAUGAAUAAGUAAUCUAAGGCUAAUUUGUAUUAGAAUUUAAUAAGACAAAAAAAUGAAUAUAUGAAAAAAUAUAUAAACAAAAGAGAGACUCUUAUAUGGUUCACAGUGAAUUGGCCAAGCACGGUGGCUCACGCCUGUAAUCCCAGCACUUUGGAAGGCCAAGGUGGGUGGAUCACUUGAGGCCAGGAGUUCAAAACCAGCCUGGCCAACAUGGUUAACCCCCAUCUCUACUAAAAAUACAAAAAAAUUAGCUGGGCAUGGUAGCACAUGCACAUGCCUGUCAUCCCAGCUGCUCAGAAGGCUGAGGCACAAGAAUCACUUUAACCUUGGAGGUGGAGGCUGCAGUGAGCUGAGACUACACUGCUGCACUCCAGCCUGGGUAACAGAGUGAUAUUCUAUCUCAAAAACAAAACAAAAACAAAAAAAACAGUGAACUGGCCUAAGGAUAAGUGCAGUAGAUAAUGGGGUUUGGAGUUAUACCUUUGGUUUAUACCCUGACCCUGCCCCUUGCUAGCUUUUGACCUUUGUCAAACUACUUCACCUCUAUGGGUCUCAGCUUCCUCAUCUGUAAAAUGGGUUUGAUAAUAGGAUCCUUCACAAUAGUGUUAGAGGUAUUAAGAUAACAUACAUAGAUGAUAAUGUGUAUAGCACAUACCACUCAACAAAUAUUAUAAAUAAUAGAAGAAAAAAUAUUAAGAGGUAGAAAUGAUUUGUACUAACUAAUAAAGAGGAGGAAAAUGUAAUUUUAACUGAGGGCAUAAGGGGACUUUUCAUAGAUAAGGUGGCACAUGAGCUGACCCAGACACAGAAAGGCAGAGCAUUUCAGGCUGAGAAAACAGCAUGAAAAUCAUGGCAUAAAAGGGGAAACUUGCUUGUGUUUGUGGUCAAAAUAAACCUUCUUUUCUAUGCUAACUUUAAGUUAUUUAAUAUAUUUCUGUCUUCAUGUCUGAAAAAGUGUUAAUAAUAUCUACCUUAUAAUUUUUUCAUAGGACUUGAGAAUUUAAGGGCCUAAACCUGUCAGGAAUCUCAUUUUGAAUACCAGUUUUGACAUGUAUUCUUUUGUCAACAUCACUAUCAAAGGCCCAGGAACAUAAGGGAAACACGGAAAGAUGAAGCCGUUAGGAAAUGACAUUUGGGUGGGUGUGUUGGGGCCUACACAUAUAAGCAGUUGAAUACCAGCCUAAGAUCUUAGAGGACUGCCAUUUAAAAUAUUUGACAAGGAGAGAAAAAUGAGCAACUGUCUCCACGUAUAAUCUGAUCCCACUCUUUCUUUCAUACUCCAUAACCAACUUGUUGGGCCUACUUUUUAGAAAUCACAGAAUUUUGCCACUUUUUGCCACUUUUCACCACUUCCAUCAGUGGUCUAAGCCGCCAUCAAGUCCCACCCAUGUUACUAUUAUAGCUUCCUACCAGAUCACCCUACUUUUACCCUGCCUCACACCCAUACUGUCUAAUCUGAACAAAGCAGCCAGAAAUAUUGUUUUAAAACUGCACUUAGAACUCUCCAGGACUUUCCAUCUCAGUCAAAGUAGGGCAGAAAUGCUGCAAGUAGAAACCUCCAAGUAACUGUUAAAGCCUAUGAGGGCCUACAUGACCUGCUGUCCUUUCCCCAUCCUAACACUCCUUUUAAAAUACCUCAGCUCUUUCCACACUUCUCCCCUCCACCCCUCUACUCAUUCUUCAGCUCAUCUGGUCUCUUUGCACCAUCUUUCCUCUAACCCUUACUGUGUGUGGAGGAGUUUCUUUUAGUAUAACUAUUACUAUCUUACAUCUUAAAUAAUUUACUUACGUUUUGCUCUUUAUCCAUGUCCCCCAACUGGAGGGUAAGCUUCAUGAAGACAGCUAUCUUGGAUUUGUUCUCUGAUUUAUCUUACAACAAUAGCUAUUAUUAGGUACUCAAACAUUUGGUGAAUGGAUAAAGGGAUAAAUGGAGGACAUACUUUAAGGUUAAACUGACAGCAAGUUGGGAAGUACCUGAAGAUCAGAUAAAAGGCUGUUGUAAUAGUCUAGAACAGCAAUGUCCCUUAGAAAUAUAAUGAAAACCACUAUAUAUUGCUAUAUUUUCUAAUAGCCACAUUUUUAAAAAAGGAAAAAGAAACAGGUAACAUUAAUUUUAAUAUACUUUAUUUAGUUGGAUUUAUCUAAAAUAUUACUUUAGCAUGCAGUAAUAUUUUUAAAAUUCAUUAUGAGAUAUUUUUACCUUUUUUAUACUGUAUCUUUGAAAUCUAGUGUUUUUAAAAUUUAGAGCCAUCUCAAUUUUUACACUGAAUUUUCAUUGGAAAUACUGGAUCUGUGCUUAGAUUUAAUAAGAUUUACAGUUGAAAAAGUAAAUUCACAUACUCAAAUUGUUCCAAACUUAUUUUAAAAGUUUCUAAUGACUGAAUUGAAUACCAAAAAUCUUUUUCUUUUAAUAUUUACAUCCACACUAACAGAACUAUUUUAUUUUUUAAGAAGAAUUUGUUUUUAAGCAAGAUCUUUUCAAAGCUACAUCUGAUAAGUACCGUCACUAAUUCUUGUCAGCUCAGUAUUAUUAGCAUAAAAUUCAAGCCCGGGAGAUGGAGGCUGCAGUGAGCCAUGAUCAUGCCGCUGCACUUCAACCUGGGCAACAGAGGAAGAACCUGUCUCAAAAACAAACAAAAAAACUGGCCAAACCCAGUGGCUCAUGCCUGUAAUCUCAAAACUUUGGGAGAUCUGCCAAGGCAGGCAGAUCGCUUGAGCCCAGCAGUUCCAUUCCAGCCUGGGCAACAUGGAGAACCCCUGACUCUACAAAAAAUAUUAGCAUCAAAUUCAAGGAGCAUUACAAAUAACAAA